AUCAAACAAUUAUUUAAAGCAACACAUCAAGUGAUUAAAUCUUACCUAAUCUCCGCACUGUUACAAAGAAAAUGCUAAUGAUUCAAGAUCCAAGUCUCCUCAAACCUUUGGUGAAGAAGAGUUCUGCACCAAUUAUCGAUGCUAUCCUCAGAAACGACGUGUCCACUUUACUCAUUCUCGCCGAGGAGAAACCGUCGGUAUUGUGGGAAACAUAUCAUUGGGAGACUCUUGGUGGGACGGUUUUGCACCUCGCAACUAAGCUUGGGCAUAAGGAAAUUGUGGAGACAAUAAUCAAGCUCUCUCCUUCUCUUGUCGUUGUCACCAACCUCAGUGGUGACACUCCUCUUCAUGUUGCUGCUCGUUGGGGGCAUGGAACCAUCAUGACUCAGAUAUUAGCAGCUGAAGAUACAGAGUUCACGGCGCUCAACGAACGAGGAGAAACAGCCUUUGUCGUGGCUUGCCGCUACAAUCACCCUGAUGCUGCUAGUCUCAUUCUCGAAGAAUUACCUUUGAUUACGAUCGGGGAAUUUUGUGCGACCAUUUUUGGAGAAUACAUAGAUCUGGCAACGAAAAUCCUGGCGAGGUUCCCAAACAUAGCUAAAGAGGUUGAUGGAAAACUAUCCACGCCAUUGCAUUAUGCGUGCAAUGUAGACAGCAAAGUGAUGGUAAAAAUGCUGCUAGAGGUUGAUGAAGGACUAGCAGAAAGAGUGAACAGAGACGGGAUCACACCUUUACAUCUGGCGAUUAUGAGAUGUUCAGUUGCAAUCCUGGAGGAGUUUUUUGACAAGGCUCCGACGUCUUUUAACAUACUCACAUCAGCACAAGAAACCGUCUUCCACAUAGCUGCUGAACACGAAAACAUUGAAGCAUUCAUCUUCAUGGCAGAGAAUUGUAUUGAUAGUAGUUCAAUUCUCCUCCAGGUAGAUGGCUUGGGGAACACUGUACUACACGCUGCUGCCAGUUCCAGCUGCCAUCCUGUGAUUUUGUACAUCAUUUAUGAAACAACAAUAGAUCUCUCUGCCAAGAACAACUUCGGUUCUGAAGCCGUUGAUCUUGUCAGCAUAGAUGAGGAAAAUUAUCUUGUGAUAUGCAAGUGGCUCAAGGUUGACGCAAAACGAAUUCGAGACCCUCAAGUUCAAAAUCGUAGUCAAGGGAACGGGUAUAACUACUGGGGAAUGUCAUCAGAAACCGAAUUAAUAAAUAGGAUAAUAAAACUUGAGAGGCGGAUGACAGAAACGUAUAGAGACCCUACACAAAGCGAACGUGAGAUGCAUGCAGAGGCAUUGCAAAGCGCAAGGAACAUGAUCACGAUAGUAGCAGUUUUGAUUGCGUCGCUUGCUUUUACAGGCGGCAUAAAUCCUCCAGGUGGCGUCUACCAAGAAGGACCCUCUAUAGGAAAAUCGACUGCGGGGAAAAUGCUUGCCUUCAAGAUCUUUUCAAUAAGCAACAACAUUGCGUUGUUCGCAUCGCUAUGCAUUGUCGUUCUUCUAGUCAGCAUCAUACCUUACAGGACGAAACCACUCAUGAAAUUCUUGGUUAUAACACAUAGGAUGAUGUGGGUUGCUGUUAUAUCCAUUGCUAUUGCUUAUGUAGCGGCGGCUUGGGUAAUUGUACCGCAUCUCAGAGGAACGAGGUGGUUGUUUUACGCCAUUCUUGCUAUCUCUAGCGUGACAUUAGGGGGUUUGUUUGUGUAUUUAGGCUAUAAGUUGUUUAAACACAUGUCAAAGAAGACAGAAUGGAGGAGGAACAUGUCCACAGUCCCUGUAGUUCCUAACACUUCUGGAACAGUCAACUGGAUUAGUGCAGCCUCAGAUAGGGGAGCCGCUGGUGGGGAAGGUUUUUACAUCUACUGAAAUAUGUAAUGAAGCACACAUGGAUUUGAGCGUGUUAGUCCGAACUUAGAGAGUUUGAAAACUGUAAUUAUAUAUAUUCUCAUCAUGUCAUGUGUAUUAUACCCUUUCUAAUAAUAAAAAAGCUUGCGAAGC